GCGUCUUCCACAGUAGCCCACCGUUUAUCUCCUUGACAUAUCGAGAAAAUCGGCAAAGAUCAUUGGACGUUAGAGCGACAGCUAUUGUGAGGAUCGUAAUAUUACCUGUACUGCCCUGAUCUAGCAGCGUUGCUUGCGGUGCUGUGUCCACUACACGCUCCUCCUCACUGUUAGGUAGAAUUCGUGAACACAAUGCAUAAUCACCGCCCAUAUCCGCAUCUCUCUAUCCCGCCUGGUGCCCGCCCCCCAGUCAACCCGAGUCCAGUCGAAGCCUACGCACCAUACGCCUUCGAGCUCAACUCAUCCCCAAAUACCAACUUGUAUGAUGCUACACCGACCUCGAGCCGUCCACCACCUGUUCCGCCUAAGAACUGGCAAACACCCGUUCCACGAGGCCCGCCGCUCCUAAUCCGCCGCAACGUUCGCAGCGCAUACGAGACCGCCCCGCCCCCUGGCGGCUUUCUCGCCUUCCCUGAGCCCGAGAUCCAUCGCUCUAACUCGGCUCGAUCUUCCCUUCACCCAUCCCAUGCCUCGUCGGCAUCGUUCUCCGUCGCAUCAACGUCCCCCGCAGCGAGCCCGCGCUCGCUCUCUCCGGCCACACAUUACCCCCGUCAUCGCUCCAGUCGUUCUGAUGUAGGUCACUCGGCACACGCAAGAGAUGUCGCCACAGGAGAGUCUACUCCAGCCUCAGCAGGUUCGGCUGCGUCCUCAUUUGAGGAGGCUACCAUGCCGGGACUGUCACGCGAGCUCAGUAACCUGACGCUACAAUCAGAUGAAGGUCUACGACGUUUCCAGAAGGGUGAACUAUCAGACGAAGACUCGGAAUGGUACCGCCUAGUGCCACAGGAAGCUCGCGAUAGCCUCGGGAAACGUGAAGUGGAGAGGCAGUCUGUGCUUUUCGAGGUGUUCAAAUCUGAACGUGACUACGUCGCAGACCUUGAACUAGUACGACAGGUAUUCAUUGAACCUUUACGAUCCGCGAAUCCCCCUGUCAUUGCUGGCGACAGACUCCAUGCGUUCAUAAAAGAGCUAUUCUAUAACCUCGGAGACAUCCUUGCACAUCACAAACGCAUGCUAGGCCUUCUGUUUACCCGUCAAGAGGAACAGCAUCCAAUCAUUCAAAGUGUAACCGAUAUCAUCCUUGAAGGCUCUUUUUCCUUCCGCUCCGACUAUGAAGCGUACAUCAAGCACUACCCACUGGCGGAGGAACUCCACCGAACCGAACUAAAACGGAACCGGGCUUACCAGGCUUUCAUCUCAGCACGCGCUUCGGACCCCCGCGUACGGAAACGCGAUCUCGCGACCUUCCUGUCACGCCCGGUAACGCGUCUUCCGCGGUUGAAUCUCAUACUUCAGCAUGUUGAGAAGAUCACUGAACCGGGUCAUCCCGAUAAAGACGAGCUUCCCAUUUUACUCGAGCUAUUGAGCGACUUCUUGAAGAGCACUCAGCCGGGUAUUGCUGCAGCUGAGAACAAGGUCAAAUUCUACAACUUGUGCGAGAGCUUGAGCUUUGCGGUCGGGGAGCUGAUUGAUAUCGAUUGGUAUGAUGAGAGUCGGACGCUCGUACAUUGUGGCAACCUUGCACGUCACAGUAAGUCCGAGAUUGAUUGGCAUGGUUGGAACGACCUGUUCGUUGCUCUCCUUGAUAAUUAUCUUCUCCUUACACGGGAGGAAAAGAAACCAGGAGGUGUAACAAAGCGAUACGUGUCGUCUCGACCCAUACCACUCGAAUACCUUCGACUAGGUUCUUUUGACGCUCCCCCGGAGGGACGCAAAGAACGGGCCGAGGAUGGCGGAUUACUCGAUAGUUUACGGAUGCAGACACGGCCGGUCUACCCUUUCACAGUGUAUCACGCCGCGGCCAAAGCCCAAAGGCGCUAUACUCUUUAUGCACCAAGUGAUGGGGCACGGCUUAAGUGGCGCGACGCCCUCGUAGACGCGAAAGGUGUGCAUGAUGCACGUCGGGAUGCAAAUAAAAUAUUUGCACCUGAAGUCCUCGACGAUGGUUUCUUCCGCUCAAGUGGUUCUCGAGCAUCACAGCUAUCCGGGAAGAAGAGCGGUCGUGUCAUUAAUGCUGUUUCCUUCACUGCGAUGGGUGGACGAAGGUUCAUGGCUGUUGGUAGCGCGUCGGGGAUUUAUGUUGGUCUCCGCGGUGACUCGCGCUUUCAGCGCGUGCUUAGUUAUCCGAACCCAAACACCAUCAUUGCCUUGCAGGAAAGCAAUCGAUUCGUGAUCCAUCACGACAGUUACCUCAUCUCUUAUUCGCUGGACCUUCUUGCGCGUGUCUCGCAGAGCCAGAGCCCACCAAGCAGCCUGGAUGCGAGCCUAGAGAAGAUAGCAGGGCACGACGGGAAUGUUCUGUUUUGCCGUGCGGGUAGAAUUGGUGGAAGAGUGCUGCUGGUAUACGCGGUGAAGACUUUCCUGCAGGUUACGGUGCACGCUCUUGAAGCUAUCUCGUCGUCUGAUCUCUCCCUACGUCCCGUGCGGAGCAGUAAUAGUGUUUUUGGCUCUCGAAACAUGACGUCAUCAUUCCGACCAUAUGGCGAGCCAUUAUAUGUUCCAAAGGACGCGUAUUCGGUCACGACGCUGACGAAGACGAUCGCCAUUGCCACGGAAAAGGGAAUUGUCAUCGCAGAUCCUACACAUGCAUCAAAUUCUGUCGUUGCUGUCGUGCCAGAUUUCAGCGACUCGGCGACAAAUAAACGCGUGGCGGACCUUAAGUCCCGAUGUGAAGCUGCCAAACCGCUUGGGCUUAUACGGUGUGAUGCGUCAGAACUACUUGUUGUGUAUGACACAAUCGGCACGUUCAUUACGAAACACGGCCAUCCCUCGCGUUCAUGCGGCUACAUCCGAUGGGAGACACCCGCUCAAUCCUUCGCACAUCGCGGCGCACACGUCCUUCUCUUCUCGUCCGAGUUUGUCGAGGUGCGCACACUAGCGGCGGGCAAGCUUGUGCAGGUGUUCGAGGGCACGGAUGUUCGGUUACUCCUGCACUCGAGCCUCCGUCCAGCGAACGGAGGGGUGGAGGAGCCCUUGCUCGUAGCUAUGCGUGGGGAGAAGGACGACCGCGAUGGUGUGAGUGACAAAAUCGUCGAGCUCAAUGAGACGGCAAUGCUGGAGACGCCGAGCACGGCGUCCGCCUCAACGUUCUCGACAGAGGGCAUCUGGGACGAGUGGGAUAUGUAGUUUCUCGGACGGGACAACUUCCUGCGUGGUAUUGGUCCCAGGAUCUACAUAUUGUAUAUUCUUAUUUAUAACUAAUUCUUGUAAAUUCUUGCGCUUUCUACAACAACUGCAAGGAUAGAACGCUACGGGCAAAAAAAAAGUUGGUACGGGGCAGUUGUAGGCACUAGCGUUAGCCUGCAUAUGUUGAUUCAAGCGACAGAUUCCAGUGAAAACAAUGUGUGGUAUAUACAAGGAGAAAUGGUCAGCAAGCGGGGAACUACUUAAGGUGACGGAACGAAAGAUAUGCACAUGCUUAGGAGAAGGGCCGGUUCAGAGUUGUGCCAUCUCGGCCUCGCGUGAAGACGAUGAAUAAGUGGACGUUGAAGGGUCAUCGGCCUCCUCCGACUUGGCACAAGCCACCAGAACAAGUAUCACCAAGGGAGGUGCGACACAGGCACAAAUAGCGCAGCCGGCAGCCCAAGGUGGUAUAGUAUACGCCAGCUGUACACAUGUUAUUGCGAUGAUGCCAAGGCCGGGUAUUGCGUUGAGUAGACCAAAGACACCCGCAUCGACUGUCUGAGUUUACAAGUUUACAAACCAUCCAACUGUCAGCAUUUUAGAAUUCUAAAUGUGUCGGCGGAUGCAAACCUCUAACGUCUCGCGAGACAGUAGUCUAGACGUGAUAUGAACCGUCACUGUAUACAAGAACAAUCCUAAGGUCGCCGCCGCGAGGGCUUGAAACUGACUAAUGGUGUGAAGACUGUGGAUAAGUUAGCACCACUCGAGAACUCUUGCCCUCACAAAGUCCUGAAUACUAACGCAAGCAAAGCCGCCAGAAUAUUCAUUGAGGCCCUCCGCUGCUCAUCGAGCUCAUCCAAGCGAGCUGAGGAAGGC